AUGGCGCCCCCUUCAUUGUCAGAAGAUGUGGAAGACAGCGAGAUCGAGGACAUACAAAGGAACGACCAGCCCAGCGACCAAACUCGAACUCCCAGCAUCAGGAAUAACCUCAUUCUUCCAAGCCUCUCGAACCUCCAAGAUUUCUUCUACCUCGCUACAGGCCUAGCCUUGACAUACGCGACCCACCCUCUAACUGCCAUUGACACCUUUGUUCCUAGUCUUGUCAACAUGUGGCCAUUUAGCAGCAGCCCGUCGUUCAAACCGGAGAAGGAUCUCCCCAGCCUCUCGGACAAAGUCAUCCUUGUCACGGGAGGCAAUGCUGGCCUGGGCAAAGAAACCGUCCUCCAACUCGCAAGGCACAAUCCGCACAAGAUCUUCCUAGCUUCGCGAAGUGAAGCCAAGGCCAACGAGGCGAUUGCUUCCGUUAAAGCCAGCAUUUCACAAGAUGUGGACAUCGAGUUUCUACCGCUCGACCUCGCGUCCUUGCCGUCGAUCCACAAAGCGGCAGACCAAGUCGUCAGUCGCACGAACAGGCUUGACAUCUUGAUUCUCAAUGCCGGGAUCAUGGCGGUGCCGGCGGAAAAAACCGCUGCUGGACAGGAGAUCCAGCUGGGCACCAACCACGUCGGCCACUUUCUGUUGACCAAGCUGCUUCUCCCAACGCUCCAAAAGACAGCAAGCCAGUACAACCCCGACGUCCGAGUUGUUUCGCUGUCGUCCGAGGCAUACAACUUUUCUCCCAAACUCGACACCAUCCUGUCCACGGACAAGCUCUACGCCCAGGGCCCAUGGGCUCGCUAUGGGGCAUCGAAGGUCGCAAACAUCUUGUUCGCAGCGGAAUUUGCACGUCGGUAUCCGGCCUUCACGAGCGUGUCUCUGCAUCCCGGUAUGAUCCAUACGGGUCUAUAUGCACCGAACUUCCAGACGAAUCCGCUCGUCAGAUACGGAACCAAGCUGGUUGGUCCACUGAUUUUCACGUCCGUUGCGGGGGGAGCAUUGAACACUUUGUGGCUGGCGGCCGGUGCGAAGAAGGAAGCGCUCAAGAAUGGACAGUACUACACCCCCGUCGGAAAGGCACAGAACAACAAAUGGGCCACGGACGCCGAGGCAGGCAAGAAACUUUGGGAGUGGACGGAACAAGAACUCAAGAAGGCCGGCUACUAG